UCAAUCCUCACUGCAACAGUUGUCAGACCGAUCGCUUUUGUGCAAGGAGCGGAGGCCAGUCCCAGCAAGCCCUCCCCGCUUAGUAAGCAAUGCGCUGGGCGGAUACUUUCGGUUUCAGUUUCACUUGCAUUUCCAGCUGAGCAAGAACAGACGAAGCAACGGAGAGAGAGCCGAGGACAGGCAGCAGACGCGACAUCCUGGCGCUACCCGAACUGGGAAGUCCCCCGGCCUCCUUGCCAACACUCGACCCCCCCUCCCGCCGCCCCCAUUUCAUGCCAGUAGCCAGGCAGCAAGGUACUUUCUUCAGAUCUAAGAUGGGCCGCAACAGCUGCACUACUACCAGACAAAUGUAUAGUUAAAAAAGAAGAAAUGGAUCCCCAAAUGCAUGUUUUGGUUAAAGAUGCAGUUUCUUUUCUCAUGAAUUGAUGGAGAAUGGUCGAAACAAAAUGGAGGAGAACAUUGUAGCACAGCAUUACUGCAAGUAGGACUGUAUCAUAUCACAGAUCAUCUUAUUGGGAAGGGAAGGUAUCUCGGCCUAGAAGAGAUCCUUUUCAUUUAGAGUUUGUUGUCUUCUCUUAGGUAAUUGAUCACCGCUCACCCAGAGACACCCUCCACCCAAUUCUCAGCAGAGUAGGAGCAAUCAUCAUGAAUAAUCAAAAAACGAUGGCCACUCUGUUGCAGGAAUGCAAACAAAUGCUGGAUCAACUCUCAUCAGAGGCGGAGGACCAGUCUAAGAGAGAUGAAAGCAAGCAUCAGCAGUGCAGAGCUUUGCUCCCUGAUGAUCUGAGGACCCUCAUCGAAGAGGCAAAGGAAAUGAAGUGGCCCUUCGUGCCAGAAAGGUGGCAAUACAAACAAGCCGUAGAUCUUGAAGACAAAACAAACCUGCAGGAUAUGAUCAGUGCAAGGCUGCAUGAGUUACUGGUAUAUUUAAAAGCCUCCAUUACUGUCAGGGACUAUGCGACAGCCGCUGCUAUUGUGUUCCUGAUUGACCGGUUCUUAUAUUGGCUUGAUGGCUCCAGCCAGCUCCUUCAGAUUGCCAAAAGGCUGCACAAGCUUCAACCUACAACACCAAUUGCCCCUCAGCUGGUGAUUCGCCAAGCUCGUGUCUCUGUGAAUUCAGGUAAACUGUUAAAGGCUGAAUAUAUCCUUAGCAGUCUUAUUAAUGACAAUGGAGCAACAGGUGUCUGGAAGUACCCUCAAGAAAGUGACCGGAUCCUUGUUCAGUCAGUCUGUACACAGAUCAGAGGACAGAUCCUACAGAAGCUCGGGAUGUGGUAUGAAGCAGCAGAACUGGUCUGGGCUUCAAUUGUGGGUUAUUUCACACUUCCACAGCCAGACAAAAAGGGGAUAGCUACCUCAUUGGGUAUUUUGGCUGACAUCUUUGUAUCCAUGAGUGAAAAUGAUUACAACCGUUUUAAAAACAACUAUCAGUUUGACCUGGCUCUUCUGCAAGAGUUUGACCAUCGUUUACUUUCAGCUGCUGAAGCUUGCAAGCUGGCAGCAGCCUUCAGUCAGUUCACACCACUAUUUGUGCUCACAGCAGUCAAUAUCCGCGGAACAUGUUUGCUGUCUUACAGCUAUUCAAGUGCAUGCCCUUCAGAAAAGCAGAAGUUUUAUUUAUCUGACGCAAAGGAGUCCUUUGAAAUUGGUCUCCUUAGUAAGAAGGACAAAGAACCAGUCACCAGCAAACAGGAGCUCCACAGUUUUAUCAAAGCAGCUUUCUGCCUUACAAAAGUGCAUCAACAGCUCUACGGAGAGAGCGAAAGACUUAGUCAAGUGAAUCAGUUGUGCCAGGAAGCUUUACGGAAGCUCUAUGCUUAUAGUCUUUCCCAACAUACUGGAGAGCAGGACAAAGAGCAACUUGCCAAGGAUAUCAUGUGCUGUGUCAUGUCUGUUAAGGAGCAAUUACAUGUACAGGAUUUCCCUAACUCAGAUGCCAAGUCUUACAUUCCAGAUAGCUACAAAACAGGUGUCGGAAAGCAGAUUGUGAAUGGUAAACUGAGCUUCAAGAACGUUCUCAAAGAGCAUUCCCAGCAUCAUGCAGCAGUCUGUGAAGUUUAUAAAAGUGUUUGCCAGAGCCACAAAAUGACAUCAGAAGGCAAAAUAGGAGCCUGUAUAACGGCUUUGAAAACAGAAACCAAAAAUACGGACACCAUGUGCACUACUGAAGAAAGAUCACAUCAUGGAAAAGACACUGUGAAGAUCUCUGUUUCACAAAAAGGGAAGAAAAGUCUUGAGGGUUUUAAGGGGCAAAUACGAAAGAAAUUAUCCCAUGCUGCUGCAGUGGAUGCCUCCUUUGAUGAAGAGACUGAGAGCAUACCUUCAGAAAGAAGUCAAAGCCAUGGUGAUAUCAUUUCAAGCAGUUCUCAUAGCAGGAGUAAACUUUCUAGUUCAUUGAGAUCCUGGAGCAAAUUGUCCAAAUCGAGUUCCUUUACUAGUUGGGAAGAGAUUGACUACAAUGAAAAUGAACCACCCCAAGAUAAGGAACAGAAACCAAAGUUUGCUGCAGGUAAAGAUCAAGAUUGUUCUGUGGUCUUCACAGAAGAUGCUGAAGCAAACGUUCAAAAGCAUGAUCUAUAUUCAUUGGCUUCCAAAACGCAUCAAUUGUCUCUUGAAGAGGCUCUAAAUGGCUGUUCUGGUCCUUUAAAGCAUCUUUUUCAGAAUAAUAUAGCUAUGACUAAUAUCCUAACAGAAUCAUGCCCACAUUUCAGAGAGGAGCAUAUGGAGGGAAGAGAGAAUGCUUUGAAGGAGUCACUCAGAGAAACCAGUAUGACCAACCCCAAAAAUAGCAAUGAUCUUUUGAGUGGUAUAAUAAAUCCCACUUCUGAACAAGAUCCAUUUGGGAUUAUUAUCCCCUCUUCAGUAACAGAUUCCAGGACUAAGGACAGCACCAAUAACUCCAGUGCCAUUUCUAACCAUAAUCUGCGCAGCUUUGGGAAAGGAAGCACAGAAGACCCUGAAAGCUACAAAGAAGAAGUUGAAGAACCAAUGUCUAGAAAUGAUUGGCCAUCUGUUGACCCAGAAGGAGAAACAGUAGACACUACCGAAGAUGCACACCUGAAUUCACACCUGCCUGAUGAUAGGAUGACACCUGCCUCCAUAAACAGUAAUAUGCUAAAACCAGAACAUGCCCAUUUUGUUCAAAACUGGAUUAAUGAAUCUAUCUCUGCAGCACCUCCAGGUGGCUCUUCUGGAAUAUCUGAAGUUGACCCCCAAGCAGAAACAGCAGAAGACUGGGAAUUUGCUAGUGACAGCAGAAGGAAGUCAGUAGAUUACCUUAAUGACAUGUGCAUAAGAAGAGAUCAACCACAUCUCAGGUCUGAGACCACAAAUUCUCCUUCAGGGACCAACAACAAACCAUUAGUCAACCAAUCCAGUGAUUGUGCUACAACCGAAGAAGAUGAAGGAGAAAAGCUAAGGAACAUUUUGAACAGCAGCCACAGCACAAGCUCUUCUCUGAAAUCAUGGUACAAAGCACCCCAUUUUUCAAGCAGUUUUUCUGAACUGGGGAGUCCUUCAUUUUUGAACUCUAGUGGGAGCUCUUUUGUCUUUAUGGAUAGAACCAAAGAACAAAUCCUACAAGCUCGCAUUCUCAGUGACGAUGACUAUGACAGGCUCUUGUCAGGUGUAGAACAUACCUGGCUAAUGGAGAGAAUAAAGAAUACAGGGCUCUUUAAGCCGAACUUUCUCUGUAAAGCACACUCUGCUCUUCUUUUGAAAUACUCUAAGAAAUCUGGGCUGUGGACUGCCCAGGAAACUGCUGUAUAUAUUGGAGACUACCUGAGCGUGGCAAAGAAAGGCAAACAAAGGAAUGCUUUUUGGAUACACUUUCUGCAUCAGGAAGAGACUCUGGGAAGGUAUGUUGGUAAAGAAUACAAAGAAGAAAAGGAGCUUCUUCACCAUUUCAGUGAUGUGGAGCGGCAAAUGACUGCCCAGUACUAUGUGACAGAAUUCAACAAAAGGCUAUACGAACAAAAAAUCCCAACACAAAUCUUCUAUAUCCCAUCAGUGGUACUCUUGGUACUAGAAGGCAAGUCUAUACAAGGAUGUGUAAGUGUGGAGCCCUAUAUUUUGGGAGAAUUUGUGAAAUUGUCAAAUAACGCCAAAGUAGUAAAACUGGAGUACAAAGCCACAGAGUAUGGACUCGCUUAUGGCCAUUUCUGCUAUGAACUUUCCCAGGGCAGAGAUGUGGUGGUUGAUUUACAAGGUUGGGUGACCGGUAAUGGAAAAGGCCUCAUCUACCUAACUGACCCCCAGAUUCACUCUCUCUCUCAGAAGGAUGCAUCAUGCCUGAUGAACUUUGGGAAGAAAGGGAUUUACUAUUUCUUCAAUAAUCAGCACACAGAAUGCAAUGAAAUCUGCAGUCGUCUUUCAUUGGCAAGACCUUCACUAGAGAAACCAAACUGAUUUUAAGAAAAGAUUCCCCAAAAGAUACUAAAGUCACUUUUUGAUAACAACGUUUUCAUCUCUCCUAUGAAAUAUGCAUCCGCACCGUGGUACCUAGGUUCUAACAUACAGUAUUUUCAUACUACUGCCCACCCCCAUUAUUUUGUAGGGAAGUGCUAUCCUUAUGAAGGGGAGUCCAAAUGCUAUGUUUCAUUGCAGGAAUAAGUUGGCAAGUAAUGAUUGUGUUGCACAUUUUGAAAACAAUGUCUGUUCACAAAAACAGGAAAGCAUGCAUCAACCAAAUCAUUUGUAUUAAAUGGCCACCAUAUAU